AUGAGUCCAGCUGAUUCAGUCAUUUGGACCAGCAGUGUUUCCCGGGGACAUGGUUAUGCUUGUGACCAAGGAACAAGAAGGCAGAUGAACCUGUUUCCUGCCUUCGAGGACAACUACAUUGUAGUGGUCACACUCCAGGGGUGGGUGUGGGGGAGUUACAGAUGGCCUCUGCACAGUGGGAGCAGCAGCUUUGUUUACCGAGUGGGGGGCCUUUGCGGGCCCACACCCCCCUGCAUCACCACAGUCUCCGUCAAUGAGAGCCUGCUCACGCCCCUCAACCUGGAGAUCGACCCCAAUGCUCAGUGUGUGAAGCAUGAGGAGAAGGAACAGAUCAAGUGUCUCAACAGCAAGUUUGCCGCCUUCGUCGACAAGGUGCGCUUCCUGGAGCAGCAGAACAAGCUGCUGGAGACCAAGUGGCAGUUCUACCAGAACCACAAGUGCUGUGAGAGCAACGUGGAGCCGCUGUUCGAGGGCUACAUCGAGACCCUGAGGAGGGAGGCUGAGUGUGUGGAGGCUGACAGCGGGAGGCUGGCCUCAGAGCUCAACCACGUGCAGGAGGCCAUGGAGGGCCACAAGAAGAGGAGGUAUGAAGAAGAACUGGCCCUCAGGGGCGUGGCUGAGAAUGAGUUUGUGAUACUGAAGAAGGACACAGACAGUGCUUACCUGCACAAGGCAGAGCUAGAGGCCAACACAGAGUCACUGAGGGAGGAGAUGACCUUCCUGCGGUCCCUGUACAUGGAGGAAAUCAUCUACCUCCAGUCCCAGAUCUCGGAAACCUCAGUGGUGGUGAAGAUGGACACCAGCCGGGAGCUGGACAUGGACACGGUCGUGGCUGAGAUCAAGGCUCAGUAUGAUGAUAUUGCCAGCCGCAGCCGGGCAGAGGCUGAGUCCUGGUACCAGACCCAGUGUGAAGAGAUGAGGAUCACGGUGACCCAGCAAGGUGAGAAUCUUCGCAAAGGCAAGGAAGAGGUCAGUGAGCUGAAUCGCAUCAUCCAGAGGCUGACCUGUGAGGUGGAGAGCGCCAAGCAGCAGCGCCACAAGCUGGAGGCCGCCAUAAUUGAGGCAGAGCAGCAGGGAGAGGCCGCCCUCAGUGAUGCCCGCUGCAAGCUGGCUGAGCUGGAGGCUGCCCUGCAGAAGGCCAAGCAGGACAUGGCCUGCCUGCUCAAGGAGUACCAGGAGGUGAUUAACUCCAAGCUGGGGCUGGAUGUGGAGAUCGCCACCUAUCGGAAACUGUUGGAGGGCGAGGAAAGCCGGUUGUGUAAAGGCCUGGGCUCAGUCAACAUCUGUGUGAGCCAUUCAAAGGGCAAUGGCCUGGUCUAUGGGGACCUGGCUUCCCCAUCUCUCGUGGCCCAGAGGACAUGGCCAUCAACAGUGGUGCUCAGUGCUCCUCCUCUGUAG